CCCCUCUCCAUUCCCUUACAGUUAUUUCCAUUAUUCCCACCAUUCGAUCGUUAACGUCACCAAGCCCAUAUCCCCAACAAGCCCCAAUCCACAUUAUGCAAACCCGCUCUACCUACUAUCCGAGUCCUCCACCUCCAACCACCCGCACAAGAGCCCUCGGUACCAACACAGUCUCGACUGCAAACGCAAGCAGAACGAUCCAAACCAGUUCCACCACCGCAAGACGCAGACAUCUCACCGUCACCUUUGCCGAGCCCAUCAAGCCAGCGCCAGUCAGAGCUGCAAAGAAGAUCGCCCAGACGGAUAUUCCUGUUGCGGUAAACACCAGUACCGUGAGAAAGGUUGUCAAGAGUGUCGUCCGUGUCGGAAAGAAGUUGGAUACGCAGAACAAGAUUGUAAAGAAGCCGAGAACUGCAAAGAGGUCAAAGAGAAGCGGAAAGAACACCAUUUCGUCCUGAUUGCAUAGUCUUUAUUUCCCACAUCCUUACCCAAUAGUCUCAUUUUCCCUUUGCAAUUCGCACUACACAUCGUUAAUACCCCCGCAUGCCCGAUUCCAUUUACCCCAGUUGGUCUGUCCCGUUAUUCCUU